AUGGCAGUAAGGACCAACAAGAAGUCUUGUUUUUUUCUUGUCGAUAACUCCAAAACGCCAAGAAAAGUAUUCUUUAAACGAGUGAUGUCUCUUUCAGUCUUCAAUAUAGAUUUGGCAGGACACAGGCCCAAAGUACCUAGCGAAAUUAAAGCCUUCUAUCAGGCACCAAAUGGUACAAUAUUGAAACGUAUGCGUACCCCACGAAGGCCCCAUCGAGAACUUGAAUUCUACCGUCUCGUUUUUGAGGAUGAGAGCACGGAUCCGAUUCUGAAAGAACUGAAAAAUUUUCUACCUAAGUAUUUGGGAACAUUCCAGAUUGAUCUUUUUCCUGAUGAAUAUUUCAUACAACUGGGAGAUGUUACACACUCUUUUGAUAGACCAUGCAUUGCUGAUAUCAAGAUUGGAAGACAUACUUACCACCCAACAGCUACUCCUGAAAAGAUUGAAUAUGAAAAAUUAAAAUACCCUAAACUUCCAUAUAUUGGCUUCCGAAUUGGUUUUAGAGUUUAUCGACCAUGCUCAGAGGUUUAUGAAUUUCAUGAUCAUAAAAACUUACUCAAUCUGGAGAAUGCAGAAAUUUUAGAAAAAGGUCUAGGUAGUUACUUCAACCUACCAGAAAAAUUACGUAAAGAUGCCAUAUUGGCUAUUCUUGCCGAACUGAAAGAAAUUCGCCACUGGUUUGAACUGCAACGAACCCUUUCAUUUUAUGCCACAUCACUUCUAUGUGUAUAUGAAGGAAACAGACCAUGUGAAUUGCAUCAUAGCCAUGUGCACGGAAGCCAUGAAAGCAAUAACACAGUUGGUAACAAAAUAGCAGAUGUCCAGCCUUGCCUCCACUCUACAAACAAUAUGUGUGUAUGCAUAACUGGAUACAAAUAUAAAUGA